CCAACAACCAUAUACCUCAGGUGACUCAAUUUAUCACUUUGAUCUUUGUUGCAUCAUUCAUUCAUUAUACUCUUUGCUGCUUUUUCUUCUUCUGCAAAUUCAAGCAUAAUAUUUGACUCAAACUGGCGAAGUUUAUAAUAUGUUUCAACUCAAAAUAUUUUCAAGUUGGUUGAUAUUUCUGAGUGUAUUGAGGCACAGUUAUCCAAUCACAGAUCCUGAUGUGGAAGGGGAAGCAUUGAUUGAAUUUCUGAGGGCCCUCAAUGAUUCCAAUAAUCAAAUUAAAGAUUGGAAUAGUUUUUUUGUGAGCCCCUGCUACAGUUGGUCUAAUGUUGAUUGUAGCAACAAACAUGUUAUAUCUCUGAACUUGGCAUCAAAAGGAUUUUCUGGAACACUUUCUCCCUCAAUUGCCAAAUUGAAAUACUUGGUUAGCUUGGAGUUGCAGGACAACAAUCUUGCAGGCCCUUUACCUGACUACAUCGCCAACUUAACGCGCCUCGAAUAUCUUAAUCUUGCUGACAAUAAUUUCAGUGGUUCUGUCCCGGCUACUUGGGGCCGACUUUCGAGUCUAAAGCAUCUGUUGUUGAAAGGGAAUGACUUAUCUGGACAUAUUCCAGAUACAAUUGCAAACCUUACUGGAUUGGCAGAAUUGGAUCUUUCAUCUAAUGGUCUUACUGGAACUGUCCCAAUACCACUCUUUUCAAUUCCAAUAUUUAAUUUUUCGAACACACUUCUUCGUUGUGGCUCUAGCUUGGAUCAGCCUUGUGCUUCUAAACCUUCACUUCCUGGUUCAACCAACAAACCAAAACUUGUAAAGAUUGUUGGUUUUGCAAGUUGUGGUUUAUUUGCACUGAUAAUUCUUGGGGCUAUCUUUGUAUAUAGAUACCAUCACAUGCACAGACAUAAAACUGAUGUCUUUUUUGAUGUUUCAGGUGAAGAUGAGAGCCAAAUUUCCUUUUGGCAACUGAGAAGAUUUUCAUGGCGUGAACUGCAACACGCGACUAAAAAUUUCAGCAAAAGCAAUGUAAUUGGCACAGGAGGAUUUGGAAAAGUAUAUAAAGGAGUACUCUCAGAUGGCACAAAAGUGGCUGUGAAACGCCUCGCCGAUUAUCAGGCUCCUGGUGGAGAAGCUGCAUUCCAAAGAGAAGUUCAACUUAUAAGUGUUGCAGUUCAUAAGAAUCUGCUAAGAUUAAUUGGAUACUGUACAACCUCAACUGAAAGAAUCCUAGUGUACCCUUUCAUGGAAAAUAGAAGUGUAGCAUAUCAAUUGAGAGAUUUAAAAGAAGGUGAGAAAGGUUUAGACUGGGCAAUGAGGAAAAAUGUGGCAUUUGGCACAGCACAUGGAUUAGAUUAUUUACAUAAUCAAUGCAACCCUAAGAUAAUUCACCGUGAUUUGAAAGCCGCAAAUAUUUUAUUAGAUGAUAACUUUGAAGCUGUUCUUGGAGACUUUGGUCUAGCUAAACUUGUUGAUACAAGGGUGACUCAUGUUACUACUCAAGUGAGAGGCACAAUGGGUCAUAUAGCACCUGAAUACUUGUGCACCGGAAAAUCAUCAGAGAAGACUGAUGUGUUUGGAUAUGGUAUAACACUUCUUGAAUUGGUCACCGGUCAACGCGCCGUUGACUUGUUUCGGCUUCAAGAGGAGGAGGAAGAUGUUCUUCUGCUUGAUCAUAUAAAAAAACUAUUGAAGGAAGACAGGGUGAAGGACAUAGUAGAUAGAAACCUAGAGACAUAUGAUUCAGAGGAAGUAGAGAGAAUAAUUCAUGUUGCAUUGCUUUGCACAAGAAACUACCCAGAGGAACGUCCAACAAUGUCAGAGAUAGUGAAAAUGCUUCAAGGAGUGGGUUUGCAAGAGAGAUGGAAUGAAUUGGAGCAACAUAAUAAUGAAGAAGAGGUUAGUAAUCAACUCAUGUCUCACCAGUUUGUUUGGACUGCUGAAUAUUCAACCCUUGAUCAAGAAGCUAUAAGGCUUUCAGCAGCAAGAUAAAAAGGGCAUAGCUACCUGAUGAUGGGGUCUAAAUAGAAAAUGCAUGCAUUGUGGUUUCUGAAGGCGAGGGAGGAGCAUUGGAUUUGGAUCAUGAAACUUUUAUAUGAAGAAACGGCAUUUCAACAAAAGUUUGAACAUGAUACAAGCAUAUGAGGUGGAUUUUGCCAAUGAACCCAUGAAGGGUGGAAGUUCAUUUUAUUAUUUACUCCUAUUGGAAGUAGAAUACAUCUUUUUGUACAGAAAUAGCGUUACAAAUAGGUUAAGUUCAUGAAUUUGUGAAUCGAAUUUGAGCUUGAAUUUAAAUUUGUAUAUUAACUAUUAAGUUAGCAGACGAACUUAAACUUAGAUAAAUUUAG